AUGCCAAGUAGUAUUUUUCCUGUACAUCGUUAUAUAUUUUCAAAAUUAGCCGAAGAACUUAUUAAAAGAAAUCAUGAUGUUUAUUGGUUUGAAUAUGGAUUAAAAGAGCCAAUAACAUUAUUGCCUAAUGGUGUUAAAGAAACAUACAUCAAAUUGACAAUAGAUGAUAAUAAUAUAUUAGAAAAUUAUUAUUAUGAAAAUAGUACAUAUUUAAAAGAUAUUUGGAAAGAGGAAAAUAAUAAUGAUGGUGAACAAACCUCAGCAUGGUUAGCAUCAAUAAAAAUGUGUGAAAAUUUACUUCAAAAUCACAAGAAAAUAUAUAAUGAAUUAGUUAAUAAAAAAUUUGAUUCUGUUAUUGUAGAUGAUUUAUAUAAUCCAUGUGGGCUAUUAUUAACGGGUCUUCAAAAAUCAGUUUAUAUUUAUUGGUCAAUAACAUCAUUAAGAUCAGAAUCAGCCUGGGCACAUCAUUCACCUUCUCCACCAAGUUAUUUACCAGUUCGUGGAACAAAAUUAUCAGAUAAUUUAAAUUUUAUCAAAAGAAAUUACAAUUUACUUUUUUAUAUUAGAAGUUUAUAUAUUCAUCAACAUAUUAUUUUAAGAAAAAUGGAUAAAUUAUUUAAUAAAUUUUAUCCCGGUCAAGUUACAGAUGCAUUUUUAAUGGAAAGAAAUGCUUCUAUAAAUUUUAUAAAUACACCACCAAUAUAUGAUUUUGCCCGACCAUACAUGCCAAGAGUUAAUUUUGUUGGUGGUUUACAUUGUCAUAAACCAAAACCAUUAUCAAAUGAAUUUGAGUCAUUUAUACAACAAAAAGAUAAUUUUAUUGUUAUAUCAGGAGGAUUUUCAACAAAUUGGAAAUAUGCUUCAGAAAAACAAAAGAAAAUAAUUAUUAAAGUAAUUGAAAAAUUAAAUAAUAUAAAUUUUAUAUGGCAAUAUAAUGGUAUGGAGAUUAAAAAUUUACCAAAUAAUGUUAUUGUUAAAGAAUGGUUACCAUUACAAGAUUUACUAGGACAUAAAAGUUGUAUUCUCCAUAUUUCACAUGGUGGAUUAAAUAGUUUAAUAGAAAGUGUCUAUCAUGGUAUACCAGUUUUAGGAAUUCCAUUAACAACAUUUUCAUAUGACAAUAUUUUACGGAUAACGGAGAGAAAAGCAGGUUUGAUGAUUGAGAAGCAUCAAUGGAAUACAAAAAAUUUUAUUAAUGCUAUUAAUAAAAUUACACAAUCACCAUCUUUUAAAGAAGAAAUGUCCCUAUUCCAAGACAUGGUCGUUGAUACUCCAUAUACUGAAUUGGAACAUGCCUCAUUUUGGGUUGAAUUUAUUGUCAGACAUCAAGAAGUUCCACAUGCUAGAUCUGGAGCUGAUAAAUUAAAUGUUUUACAAUAUUUUAUGAUCGAUGUUAUUAUUUUCCUCUUUUCUAUUACUUUGAUUAGUGGUGUUAUAACAUACUACAUUUUACGGUUUAUUUUAAAAAUUAUUAUCAAAGUUAUUGGUGUACUAUUUUUACGUUCCUCUUCAGGUAACAAGAAAUAA